CAGCAGAGGGGGUUAACUGAGGGUGUCCUGGGGACUGGGAGCAGAGUGGCUCUGAAGAGCUCGGGGUGCCCAGGGGAAGUUGCUGCUUUUCCUCCUGCUUUGCCCCCAGGGCAGGCGGACCCGCUCUAUACCUCCAGGCUCGGAGCUGCAUCUUUUCCGUCUUGGGGCAGCAUUCCGAGCGUCUCAGAGUGAGUGCCCGGGGUGCCUAGUGCUUGGCAGAGCGUCGGCUAUCCCGCUGCUUCUUGAAGAAUGCUUGGUAAUCUGAAAGAUCUUUAAUAUUGUCUCCCAAGAAGAUGAAACCUUUCAAAGAUACUUUCCAAUUGUGAAUACUUGAGAACACAGAAAAAGCAAAAAUAAAAAAUAAAAAAAGAAGAAGAAGAAGAAUCUGAAAGGAUCUCUCCAUGGAAUUUAUACAUCUAUGUGUCUAUCAAUGGGAAGAAAAUGAUGUCUUUUAAUUUUUUGUGUAUUUCAAUACCCUUCACUGUUGUCUCUUCCACCUCCCUGCACACAAUGGGAAAAACUUGAGUAACAUUCUAAACUGUAUUUCAAUUCGAAGAGUUUUCCACGAUUGUGGUAGACUUUAACCAAACAUGCCAACUGAAGAUCUUUUUCUUUUCCUUUCAUUUGCAUAUUGGGCCUAACCAAAGAAUGUGUUUGUACAUUCUCUAACUCUCCAGCAUCAACUCCUUUUUAUUUGUGUUUUUGUUUCUUUAGCUUUCCAACAAAUCCAUGUAAUUACAAAUUGUAGUUAAAGUUUUACAACCCAAUUUGCAUGUGUUAGAAAUAAUUUUGAUGGCUGGUCCAUGGCUCAUUGAUGCAGCGAUAAAAAAGGCAAUAAUAUGAGGCACUGUGUUAAUUGCUGCAUACAAUUGUUACCUGAUGACUUGCACCCACAGUGUUUUAGCUGCCGAGGACCCUAUCACAGUCACCACAACUGUCCCAUCUGCAAAGGAGAGAAAAUUCUGUUUCGAGUGGAUAGCAAGCAGAUGAACUUGCUCGCAGUUUUAGAAGUAAGGACAGAAAACAAUGAAGGCUGGAGUGGGCUUUUUCGCUUCAAAAAAGGGAAGCGAUGGAGCCUUGUUUGUGGAUUGAUAAUAAUGACUUUGGUGAUGGCGUCAUAUAUACUGACUGGGGCCAAACAUGAACUCUUGCUCAUCCCAUCAUCGUUGCGUUAUAGGAGCUUUCCUAAUAACCCAGCUUUAGCAGAUGAUGAAUACCUGAGGAAUUUGAAAGAUUUUCACCAAUCCUUUUUGAUGAAUAUUUCAUAUGAAAAAUAUUAUCCAAACAUUAAAUUGAUCAUCAACACAAUCACUUCAAAGGUUGAAUUUACUACAAGGCAGCUCCCAGAUCUAGAAGACCUUGAGAAACAGGAACUGCAUAUGUUCUCUGUAAUACCUAACAAAUUUCUUCCAACUAGUAAAAAUCCUUGUUGGUAUGAGGAAUACACAGGGAAAAAUACUACGGAUCCCUAUAUGACCAACCUCUAUGCACUGUAUUCAAAGCAUUUUCGGUCAACCUUUGAUUACCUCAGGAAAGAGUUUUGGAACCACUUGUACCAUUUCAAAGAGAAGCAUUACCGCCUACGCUGCCUCCCUCAUUUCUACAUCAUUGGGCAACCAAAGUGUGGGACAACUGAUCUUUAUGAUCGUCUCCGGUUGCACCCAGAUGUGAAAUUCUCAGCCAUUAAAGAACCACACUGGUGGACAAGGAAACGAUUUGGAAUAGUGCGUCUGAGAGAUGGGUUUCGUGACCGCUCCCCAGUGGAAGAUUACCUGGAUUUGUUUGACUUGGCAGCCCAUGAAAUUCACAAAGGACUUCGAAGUGAUUCAGGGCCAGAGCACAGCAAGAUGAAUAAUAUCGUCAUUGGUAUGGUACCUAAUACUCUUGAAGGGUUGCGUCCACUGUUGUCUUGA